UAACAAGGCGCCUCCCUCUAAUCCAAUUGACCAGUUGUUUCCGCGUGUAAAGUUCCGACGUCUUUGUCAUCACUUGCCUCCACAGGACAAGUCCGGUCAAAACAUUGAACCUUCUUUUUUUUUUUUUUUAAGCUCUAAUUUUCCUCUUCAAACCUCAAGCCUUUUUCUUUGUACAUAAUCUCUGGUUUUUCUAGCCCCAACACCUUCCCUAAAGAAAAAGUUGAACAAAUAGAGAUGGGUUUUUCAAAGGAAGAGAAAUCAAGAAGAAUUUGGAGAGGUGUUAAAACUGUGUUUUUCUUGAUCACUAUGGUGAUUUCUUUUCUUAUGUUUUCUGCACCGGUUUUUCUUGUUAUUGCUGAUACCGUUUUGCCUUCUGCUUUGCUUUCUGCUUACCUUUCUCCUUCUCCUUUAUCAUUCAAAACCCUCUCUUCCCAUUUCAGCAACUAUGAUUUUCGAUACUCUCUCAUAGAUAUCCCCCUCAUAUCUAUCAUCAGAUCAGCUGUUAUAAUCUGUGUUUAUAGUUUUUGUGAUGGGCCAAGACUUUCCAGGGGACCUUAUCUGGGAAUUACAAUGAUUUGUUCUGUUUCAUCUUUGAUUUUUGUUUCAUUAAAAGCUUCAUUUGUGUUCAGUUCGAGUGUUCCUAGAGAAGGGUAUGUUAUAGCCAUGGAAACUACUCUUUUCAUUUGUUCGCUGGCCUUGGCAAUUGCCCAUAUAAUUGUGGCAUAUAGAACAAGUUGCAGAGAAAGAAGAAAACUCCUUGUCUACAAAAUUGACAUUGAAGCUAUUUCAGCCUGCAAGAAUGGGUUUCCAAGGUAUCAGAAGAUUCUCCAAGUACAAAGAGUGAAGUAAAUACUAAAUUAAAAAUGAAAGGAUUUCCAUAUGAGAAGUCUACCCUUUUGGCUCAGACAUUCUUCUAUGCCCGGUUUCAGAUAUAUCCAAAACAAAUCAGUCACCUGGAAAUCAAAGAAAGUUAAACAGCUGGGUAGCAGCAGCAUAAAUCCCCCAUAAACAAAUAGAUGAAAUCAUUUACUGCAUAUAUAUAUAUAUGUAUGUAUGUAUGUAUGUAUACAAAUUUAUGUAGUUGAUGAUUGUAUAUCACCAUGUAGAGGCUUUGAUUUUGAGGAUAGAUCCAACAUUCAUGAUUUUGAGUGUACAGUUUGUAUUACAUAAAAAUAUUUAAAAGAAAAAGAAAUUGGCCAAAGGCCUUUUCAUGACCUUUCUUCUAUUGUGUGGAAAUAUAUUUAAUACCAUAAUUUCAAUGGCGUCCAUAGUAGAACGGGUUGGAGAGAUUUCAUGAAAUUCAGGACUGCAUUCAUAGCUCUAUUCAAAGUUAGGAAUAGUAAGCUAAUGAAUACAAGUAGAAGGCGGCAGAAACAAAAGGCGUAUCAUGAAAGAUGAUUGCCAACAAUGGGGUUUCUUAUGAAGUUCAUGGUGAAAUGAACAAAAGGUCUCUCCAUAAAAAAGAAAAUAUAAUUAAGCAUUCAGCAGAGUUGCAUAAUAAGUUAAACAAGUGGCAAUAGCAGUAAUUCUAUUAUCUAUUACAUAAGUUUUUGCCGGUCAUCAUACAAAAACCUAAAACAAGGAACUAAGAGCAAUGCAUGUUCAGAAAAACUUUUUCUUACUGUCUUAAGAGAUUCAGGCAAAGUCUACCAUCAGCCGUAGCCCCCUCAACCAUUCUGUUAAUUUUCUGGCUUUCUGUAAACUUACCCUACUACCCUUCUUUCUUUCAUUGGCCGCAUGCCUAACUCAUG